UGCGUUUUUUUAUUCUUGGAAAUAAACUGCAGAUUUAUAACAGCCUUUAUGACUGCCUGAGUUGGUGUGUGUGUGGUUAUCAUAAGGUUUAAAGCGAGUAGUUAAAGGGUUAGAGUUAUUAUGAAGGCAUAAACGUUAGUUUUACUGGGUUAUGAGGUCAAUGAUUUAGGUUUGCGGUCAACAUAAAUGACCUUUGACUUUCUCUGUUAAACUGACCCAUGUGAUGACUAUGCAUGGCACGACCAGUGGGUCAACUUGGUAAUUCUGCAGAGUUUCACAAAAAAAACCACCAAACUACUUUUUGUAGAGGAUACAUAUCACAUUAUCAAACCUGAGGAAGCGGUGACCUCCGGAUUAUCAGCAUAAUUUUAAUGAAAUCCACUAAAAUAUAAAGACAGCAUCCUAUACCGUAAAUAUAAGCCUUCUAUCUUGCUGUUGCCACAUUGCUUGCUUUUUCUUUAAAAAAAAAAAAACUGAAAAGCAUACAUUUUGAAUCAAAUAUUGCAUUGUGUGGCACUUCAGCCGAGCGCUCUAGUAAAUACUAAAAGUGCCAGCAUGCAUUUCUCUGUUUUCAUAGCACCAAAGAAUCCCAAGGAUGUUUCCUGCGCUGUGUGAAAAAAGUGGCCAACGGAUGAUUCAGCACAUCUACAUUAGGCUCGCUAACUGUAUUUCUUGUUUCUGCAGAGAAUAGCCUUGUCAUCUAAACAGGAUACCCAUGCAACACACUAAAACUGCCAAUGCUUUUAUUAAUUGCAACACUGACAACAGUUUGGACACCAUGGGGUAGCCUGACUUCUGAGAUCAUCACAGCUCUUUGUUUUGUUUUAAAGACUUUCAUUUUUCAUGUUCAUUGUUUCUAAUCAAGUUGUAGGUUAUUUCUGCUUUGAUCUGAAUAGAUGGCAAUAUGUUUAACUUCAUAUUAUUAAUUAAUAUUAUUAUUAUACCAAUUAGGCUAUUCAUUUUAAUAAUUAACAUUAAUAAUAUAUGAAUUCUGAAUGACAUAUGAAUUCUAUUUUAACAUAUAUACAUAUAAAUAUGCAAUAUGCUAUUUUCUAUUGUUUUGUCCUUCUUUCUGGUUAGACGAAUAUGUUAUCAGUAUAACUCUCUGCUGCCCCCAGGUGCCUCUGUAUACGCACAAAAAGGAUAAAGACAAAUGGAUUUUUUUUUUCUUUCAUCGGGUAUUUUGGCAGACUUUGUUUGCGUGUAGUCGCGUGUCAGUGAUACACACAAUUGCUUUUGACCGUGUUGCGGUGCUCGCAUAACGGAGCCACCGGCUGAUUGCUCCCGAUUGAUCAUUUUAUAGCUUCUCUAAUGAUUACGCCAGCAUAGUAAUUGAGGAAAAAGUAAACAAUAGCCGCUGGGAAAUCCAGUGACUGCAGCAGCGCGCGUCAGACCGGCAUCACUCCUCGCGCUCAAGGCUGUCCAGUCCGUGCACGCGCUUAAUGUAAAGAGCAGUCAGAGACAGGGGCUUGUAGUGGACAAUUAUCCGUUUCUCCGAACGCAAGACUAGUGCAAAGUUAAGGGGUUUGCUUGUAAACUGUAAAAGAUAGAGAGAGAGAGAGAGAGAGAAGUAGAAUAUUCCGUACUCGUGCGUAAUAUUUUCUCAGAUGUGCUGGAAGACAGCGAGAAGUUGGAGAUAUGGAUUUUCGUUGUGAGGAGUGAAUUUCUCAAUUUGGACAGACCACCAUGAGCAGGUUGCCGUGCCUUGCCUCCGAGCCAAAAGGAGAAAUACCACUGUGCCACUGACAGGAAUUUUACGCGCAGCUGAACAAGGAUGCCAGAGGAGCUCGCAAACUGCAGCGUGUGUUGCUGUACCACCACCAAUAAGAUACUCAUGGUGGUCUUCAUGAUAUCACUGAUCCUUGCUAUACUCUUCGGGAACCUCCUCACGUUAGCAGUGGUCGUUGGAACUAAACACUUCCACACUCCGCAGGGUUAUCUAAAAGCCUCGCUGGCCGUGGCGGACCUGGCUGUGGGGAUUUUUGUGGUGCCCGUCUCCGUUUACGCAGAGGUGUCUCUCAUGAUCUACAAUUCAAUGCCAGAGUGGACUGCGCGCAAUUCCCAAACCGCACCUCUCCACCCGUGCAAUUUCAUCGGACCCGUGUUUGCGGGGUGCACUUUAGUUUCCAUUACAACAAUUUUCCUCCUGACCAUUGAAAGGAGCAUAGCCGUUUUGAGGCCGCUGCACAAGGAAUCGGUCAUAACUAAAAAGAGAACAAGCAUACUGAUAGUCUUUUCCUGGAUGGGCAGUUUUUUCCUCGCAAUAUCUCCGUUGGUUUUCAGCGACGAAAUCGCGCUGGAGUACAAUCCUUGCAGCCGCAUGUGCAAUUACGCGCUCGGAAGCGCAGACUUCCCUUCCCAGGCUUGGAACAUUCUUUUACUCUUCCCCGCCUUUGACUUUACGCUGCUCGGAGGUACUAUUGUCAUCAAUAUCAUUUCCCUCACCACGAUCAGACAGCAUUCAAAAAGAAGAAAACACCUCGCAGAGACCGAGAGCCAAAGCUCGACGAAACCAACCUUCUCCGACAUCAAAGCCGCCAAGACUAUAGGCACCCUGACGCUGGCUUUCACCGCUUCUUUCACUCCCAUCGCCGUGUUUGUUGUCGGAAACGUGCUGGGAAACGAAUGGUGCAAUUUUGCGUUUUUUGCCUUUUGGAUUUUGACCUCGAACAGCUGCUGCAAUGUUAUUAUAUACGGCGCGAGAGACCAGAAGUUCAGAAGUCGCGCGUAUCAGCUGCUCACAUCCGCUCAACUGAACACUGCGCCUAAAAAGACUGAGUAUGAAAACACUGCAAAUGGCGGGAAAGACAACGAGGAUGUAGUCAAGCAAACCUAGUUAAAGAUAUUAUUGAGCGGUAGCCCGGUUCGGGUGGUGCUUGCUGUAUUUAUUACAGACCCCUUAAGCUAGCAUCUGGUUUCUAGCUGGACAUUAGAUGAACCAAGUUGGUUAAAUUGGCUCAAAGGUCUACCAGACCAGCUAGAAACACAGCUGCCAACUUAACCUGCGAGCUUUUCCAGUCCCCCUGGAUCAACUUAAGGCUAAAUGGCUUACUCAAGACGCAUUGAGGACAUGGAUCAUUCCUUGUAAUCAAAAGUUUUGAUUAUCAUCCUAUAGAUCUCCAACCAUUAAGCCACAGGAUGCCUAUUGAUGCCAGCGUGAUUUAAUGCCUUCAUAACCACCUGUUAAAUGUCACUAUUCUCAGGUCACCUCUUUUGAUUUAUUCAAAAAUGUGCACGAUUGCAUUAUAUCACGGGAUUUCACCUUGCAUUUGAAUAUAUCGAUCAUGGUAGUCCCAAGAAAAAAGGGUGUUCGUAGAUAUAUGGAAGCUUCUCUAGAAUUUUAAUUUGGUAUCUUUUUCAUUGUGGAGAACUGAUACUUUGAGACAUUGUGGUUCGAAUAAAAUCUGUGUAUAUACACUGGGCAAGAACAAGGAUUGAUGUAAACACUUGGGAGCAUUAAAGUACACUUUAUUAUAGGAUUAAUCGUGUAUUGGCUUAUGUAAUAAAGGUUAGUGUUGGAAGGCUGUGUCAUAAAAAACAAAAGCAUUUUCCCAUCAGUGUAUUCAUAUCACAUGCGUGCUUUGUUUCUCUUAUCAUUCAAGGGCCAGGACAUUAAACCAAAAAACACCAUGUUUAAAGUUUAUUAUUUAUUUAGGCCAAUAUUCUUUUGCACAUUUUUGUACUGUACACAAUAAAAUAUUCUUCAUUAAAUGUCUGUUUUAAUGAAUCGAAUUCUAAUCAUGUUUUUGGUGAUUUGUAAAGUACAUCUGACAAUGACAGUCCAUUAAAAAUGUUUAACUU